AUGAAGUGGCUUGUGCUCCUUGGGCUAGUGUCCAUCUCAGAGUGCAUGGUCAAAAUACCUCUAAGGAGAGUGAAGACCAUGAGAAAUACCAUCAGUGAAAAAAACAUGCUGAACAAUUUCCUGAAGGAGCAUGCUUACAGACUAUCCCAGAUUUCUUUUCGUGGCUCAAAUCUAACUAUUCACCCGCUGGGAAACACCAAGGAUUUGGUCUACCUGGGUAACAUCACCAUUGGAACACCCCCUCAGGAAUUCCAGGUUAUCUUUGACACAGGCUCAUCUGACUUGUGGGUGCCCUCCAACUUUUGUGCCAUUGAAGCCUGUUCUCUACACACUAGGUUCAGACAUCUUCAGUCUUCCACCUUCCGGCCUACCAAUAGGACCUUCAGCAUCACCUACGGAUGUGGAACAGUGAAAGGAAUUGUUGUUCAUGACACAGUUCGGAUUGGGGACCUUGUGAGCACUGACCAGCCGUUCGGUCUAAGCACGGCAGAAUACGGGUUUAGGCGUACACCUUUUGAUGGUGUCUUGGGCUUGAACUAUCCCAGCAUAUCCUCUUCUGGAGCAAUCCCCAUCUUUGACAAGCUGAAGAAUGAAGGUGCCAUUUCUGAGCCUGUUUUUGCCUUCUACUUGAGCAAAGACGGGCAGGAGGGCAGUGUGGUGAUGUUUGGUGGGGUGGACCACCGCUACUACAAGGGAGAGCUCAACUGGGUACCAUUGAUCCCAGAGGGCAACUGGAUGGUACACAUGGACCGCAUCACCAUUGAAAGAAACGUUAUUGCUUGUUCUGCUGGUUGCAAGGCCGUUGUUGACACCGGGGCACCAUUCAUCGAAGGCCCCAAAUCACAGGUUGAUAACAUGCAGAAGCUCAUCGGCGCCAGGCCACGGGGUUCCAAGUACUACGUUCCAUGUUCUGCGGUCAAUACCCUGCCCUCUAUUAUCUUCACCAUCAACAGCAUCAACUACACAGUGCCAGGUGGAGCCUACAUCAUCAAGAAUCCUAGAGGUCGCUGCUAUACCACCUUUAAAGAGAACCAAUGGAGUCCAUCUACAGAGAUCUGGAUCCUGGGUGAUGUCUUUCUGAGGCUGUAUUUCUCAGUCUUUGAUCGAGGACAUGACAGGAUUGGCCUCGCACGGGCAGUAUAA